AUGGUUGGCUGGAAGGAGUGGGCUUCGCCCCUGGAAUCCUUCCACCAACUGGCAGAAGCAGCUGGGAUGGGCAUGAGCUACAAACGAAUCGCAUUUCCAGGAGCCAUCAAUCCACAUGCCCGGCUAUGUGUGGCAUCCUUCCCUGGCAAAUACAGUGAGCUGUGGGACAGAGCAGUAGUCGUUGCAUCUGGCACGGAUGAUGUAUGUUCCCUAGCCUGUGUCUUCCUUACGGAUCCUGCGUCAGGACUUGGACAGCAUGCUCCUAACCCGGAUAGUCCAGAUGAGUGCUGGUGCAGAGCUCUCUAUGGCCGAGUGCCUCCGAUAGCAUAUCUCAGCAUCGUAGAUGCCACCGCCGAGUUAGAUGAGGAUGUGCUGGCAUUCAAAAAGGCUGAUGCAGCUGCAAUGGGGCAGUACCUUCUGAUUAAGACAUCUCACGUCAGCACCUUGGAGUGGGAGACGCAGCUUGCAGAUGCUCUGAAAAAGGCCCAGGUGCUGUGUCUACAAAACGGCGGCCGAGCUCCUUGGGGGUGUGAGUGGUUUGAGAAAUGGAGAAAGAACAUCGACAGGGCGGUGGAACUUGACCAGCCGCUGCACGUUUUCUACUUCGAAGGCAGAGUUGGGCUGGGCAAGCUAUCCUGGGAUGAGCUUGGCAACCAAGAGGCGAAAGACAAAGCGCGAACAAUAUCUGGACUGGGAGCCUCGCAGACGGCAGAGGUUGCUUACUUGGAAAAGCUAGGCCUGCCGUACAUU